GAUCAAGUUUAGUCACAUUACAAUUUCAUCAUGAAUCGAGAAGUCACUAACAUGCAUUUGAGUUUAUCGUCAAAUUCUUUAACUUCAAAUAACGUUGCUCGCAGUACAGUUUCUCCGAACUCUUUGAAAGAUUUGUCGGAUAAGGAUAGAAACAUCCACGAUGAUUCGGAUCCGUCAUGUUCGGACUUGGACAAACCAUCGAAACAGAAGCGACACCGGACAAGAUUUACACCGGCGCAGUUGAAUGAGCUCGAGAGGAGUUUUGCCAAGACACAUUACCCCGAUAUUUUCAUGCGAGAGGAGAUGGCAUUAAGAAUUGGUUUGACAGAAUCCCGUGUUCAGGUCUGGUUCCAGAACCGACGUGCUAAAUGGAAGAAACGAAAGAAGGCCACCAAUGUAUUCAGAACACCCGGUGCACUUCUGCCAUCGACGGGAUUUGGACCUUUUGGUACCAUGAGUGAGACGUUCUGUACGUUUCCGGGGACCGAUCCACGUUGGGCCAGUAUGCAACAAUUUGGUUCCCCGAUGAACGCCAAUGUCAAUCCUCUGACGUUAUCUGCCAGUUUACCACGCCAAGGCUUUGCUCAAUCUCUGUCGUCACAAGUACCUGUCGGUACGCUUGGUAACGGUUCAGUAUCUCUUAGCAACGGUAUCUCAGUAUCGAACGGCGGCUCGGCCAUCUACAAUCCUAGUUACGGUGUAACGUCGACCUGUUCGUCUCCGUUAACAGCCAACUCGCCAUCGCCAACUCUUACUACGUCACAAAUGUCGUGUGGCAUGCAGGAAAUGGAUGACGUAUGGAGAGGAACAAGUAUUGCCGCACUGAGAAGAAAAGCCCUCGAGCAUUCAGCGUGUUUAACUGGAUUCCGUUAAAACAUAAAAAAAAGAAGAAAAAAUUGUAUUUUAUAGUUGAAAUUAUUAGAACUCAUUUAAUUGUUUUAAGAAAAGUGCUUUUUUAUUUCUCUUCAAAGUGUUAUAUUAAAUUCACACUUUAAAAUCUAGUCAAAUUUGAAAUCGUUUUUAUUGAAAAUAAAAAUAAAAUGAAUAAUAUUAAUUUAUGAUUUUUUUUUUUUUGUAAAUAGCUUAUAAUUAUAAUAAUUGUUGUAUAUAUAUUUUAAUUUAAUUGUAAAUAAACAAAAUUUUCUGUCAUUGUAUCGUUUUAAAUUUUCGUCCAAUGUUUUGAAUUAAUUAAUAAAACUAGUUAAUUAUUGUUAAUAUAUCGUAUUAUUACAUCCAUUCCCCCGCUAGUCAAGACUAAAUGUUAAAUUAGAAAUUGAAGAAAAAUUGACAAUA